GAGAAGAGUGAUCCUCCUGCAGAGAUGAUGAAUGGCCCAGGGAGAGUCAGUCCUGGAAGUGCAGCCCCAGCAGAAGGGAGAGGCUGCUCCUGGCUGAACAUCUGGGUCUUCCUUAUUUUUGCCCUUUCAUUCAAAGCUGCCAUUGUGACCUUGUGCCUCUGGCUUGUGGUUCCCUUCUGCCACAGCAGUGACCAGCCCUCAGCCCUGCAGCAGCAGUUCUCAGAGUGGGAGUGCGACUCAGCGGUGCCACAAGGCACAGACCGAGGCUGGAUGUGCUGCCCAAAGGGCUGGAGAAGGUUUCAAGGAAGCUGCUAUUUCCUGUCCCCUGACACGAUGUCAUGUGCUGAGAGUGCACAGAACUGCACUGGGAUGGGCUCCCAGCUGGUGGUGAUCACCAGCAAGGCAGAGCAGGAAUUCCUCUCUGAGCAGAUAAGGCAAUCUAAAGAACCUAAACCAGAGAAUUUCUACAUUGGACUGUUUGCAGAGCAGGAGGGCCAGUGGCAGUGGGUGGACAAGACUCCAUACAAUGCGACAGCAGCGUUCUGGCGAAAUGGAGAACCAAAUUAUGUGGAUGGUGAAAAUUGCACUGUAAUUCAUGUGCCUACAAAACCUCCCAACAACUGGAAUGACAUCACAUCAAAUUUGGAGAAUCAUCGAAUUUGUGAAGCUGCAGCAGUAAUUGUGUGAUGGAAAUGCCCCUGACCUGAGUAAAGCUGGGAGCUCAGCAGGGAGCUGGGAACAGCUCUGGCUGUGCUGGGAAGGGUGGGGAGCUCUGACACAUCUUCACUGGGGGCGGUGGGACCAUGUGUGUGGAAGUGAAAUGAGCUUUG